AUGGUCUAUACCUAUACCACCAAUGUCAAUAAGGAUGAAGUCGACCUCAAACGCGGUGCAUAUUGCUAUGGAUUACCAUACGGAUAUUUCGGGUUGAUUUGCUGGGGUCUAUCGAUCUUAGCAAUUGCGUUAACGUACGCAAACAUAACACUGUUCACUUUCUGGCGAGGUUGCCGGCCUUAUUACAAGUCACAGUCAGGAUGGAUGGCACUUGUCGCAGCAACUAUGACGUUAGGACCAACUAUUUAUACAUGCUAUCAUUGUUCUGGGGAUUAUACAGUGAUGUUGCUUGCAAUCGGACAACUUACACCAUGGGGUUUUAAGAUGUUGAAUGAUGGUGCUAGAGGUAGUCAAACAACAAAGGCACCCCCAUCACCUCAUGGGAAAUCUUCGUCAGCACAGUCUGUUAAUACUUAUCCGGGAAGUGACUAUGAUGGUUAUGCUUAUGAUCAAGCGGAUCAAGCGGAUACCGAAAAACCCACGGAUGCUGACAAGUCAAGAGACAAGGCCUAUAUAAUUCUUGGAGUGCGCAUAUACUUCUUGCUAAAAUUACUGGCAAUUGGAGUGGAAUCGCUAAAACCGGAGCUGGACUAG